AUGCCCCCUCGAACAAGAGGCUUGCCGGAGGGGCGGCGCCAGCAUCGGCGGAAGCGCAGCAGCACGGACCGCGCGCCCGGUGCGGUCGUGAGCGCUGGUUUCGAGGCCGGGCUCAGCGCGUCCGACGACGAAGAGAAUUACAAGCGCCUCCGGCCCACGCGGGACCUCCAAGCAGGAGCCGACACGCCGCAGUCCCUGGCCCUCCAGCCCGGCUCCGCACCGCCCUCUACGGCCAAAGUCACCGGCGCACAGACGCCCCGGGACGCGACUGGCGGGGGCGAAACGCGCGCGGGCGGGACAGCAGGCGCUUUUGGAACGCCCCGAGGGGAGAACGCGUUCAGCCCCGCCGCGCGCGCGGCUGAGCGGCCCGGCGACGUCGCACAGCGCGACACCAGCGCAGAGGAACCGUACGCCGUGGUGAGGAUGCCGUAUUCGCACCGGACGACCAGGCCAGCGCCGGAGAGCUCAGCGCUUCCAAUUUUCAGGAACAUGGACGAAUCGCUCGUGUCCGGCACCGCGCGAUUCCAGCUGAGCACGCCCUUCGCGGAGGUCCUCGGCGGGCGCGGCGCGGGCGCGAGGCCGGCGCGGCGCGGCGACGGCGCCGCACAGGCCGCGGCGGGCGCGGUGGAGGCGCUGCCGGGGGAGGUGUUUUUCAGUUCCCAGCAGCGGUCCACCGUGCCCGUCGACGGGUCGGACGGGGCCGCGGAGGGGUCGCGCGACGAGCCGGCGGACGCGGAGCGCGCGCUGGAGUGCUCGGAGUCGAGCCUGGGCCCCGAGGACGGCCUUUGA